AUGAGUACCACCCAAACGGAGCCCGUAGUAUUACUGAUCUCACCUCAGGAGGUCCAAGCCAAUGGGAUCGAAAAUUACAAGGUCUUGGAUGCUUCGUUUUCUAUCCCUAAUUCAGGCCGAUCUGCUCUUGACGAGUUCCGAAAAGGACCGAGACUUCCAGGCGCCAGAUUUUUCGACCACGAAAUUAUCGCCGAUACCUCCUACACUAUCGAUGGUACUACCAAAGUUGGAUAUAUGCAGCCCGAUCUUAGCACGUUUAAACGUGAGGUGGAGCGCUUGGGUAUCACUAGAAAUGACCCUCUACUCGUAUACGAUUCCGUUGGCAUCUUCUCGGGCCCUCGUGCAGCUUGGCUCUUAAAUGCUUAUGGUCACCCGAAGGUCUCCGUUCUUGAUGGCGGCUUGUCGCGAUGGAUUAAAGAGGACAGUCCGGUCGAAACCGGGUCGCCGAUCGAGCCCGAGAGAUCGGAGUACGAGCUUCCGGGAAUUCAUGAGGCUCUCGCACGCGGAAAAGUGAUAUCAUACGACGCCCUUGUUCAUAACUUCAACAACUCAGCUGAAGGAGAAAGGAUAUGUGUCUUUGAUUCACGUCCCCGAGGCAGGCAAGUGGAGAUGUUUCUCGGGACAGAUGCCGAACCAAAACCCGGACUACCAUCAGGCCACAUGCCACAUUCGCUCUCGCUUCCAUUCACAUCCUUGCUAACUCAACCGAGCGACUCGGAGCCCUACCAGAAAUUGCUGAGCCCCGACCGGCUCGAGAAAGUAUUCUUGGAGACCCUGGAUAAUGAUCUUCAGAAAUGGGAACAGAUCAAACACGGCCAGAAAGAUAUCGUGGUCACCUGCGCAGUUGGCGUGACCGCCUGUAUUAUCUGGCUUGCUAUUCGCCUCUAUGCUCCUAGCGCAAAUCACCCCAGACUUUAUGACGAAAGUUGGACAGGCUACGCACUCAGAAAAGACGCACAAAUCCUCAGGAAUUCUUCAUCGUCCUGA